UGGGUGUUAGUCUUUCAGGAUGGACGUUGCCUUUCUGUACGUUCUGUGUUGCUUCUUCUUAUGUGUGGGUCAUUCCCAUUUACAGCAUCAUCUGACUCAUGACCCAGGGACGGAGAUGAUACAAGAGCUCUACUCUGCUAUAGAGUCAGCUGACUAUCAGCUAGCUCCGCCCUCAGACUACCCAGAACACCACCAGGUGAUUGACGGAGAGAGUUUUGACUUCAUCGUGGUGGGCGCAGGGUCAGCCGGUAGUGUCGUAGCCAGUAGACUUUCGGAGGUGAAGAAGUGGAAAGUGCUGCUGAUAGAGGCUGGUGGAAACCCGACCAAGACAUCAGAGAUUCCAGGACUUCACCACUUCCUGCAUGGGUCCUCAGUAGACUGGGCCUACCUGACGGACCCUGGAGAGGACAACUGCCUGGGGAUGGUGGGGGGAAGCUGCCGGUGGCCUCGAGGGAAGGUGCUUGGUGGAAGUAGUACAAUAAACGCCAACUUGUACGUCAGAGGCCAUCCUCGGGACUACAACGCAUGGCUCGAGUCUGGCAACGAUGGCUGGGGCUACAAGGAUGUGUUGCCUUACUUCAAGAAAUCCGAGGGACUUCGGGCUCAAGAAGUCAAGGACAGUGAGAACUACAACCAUUAUCACGGGACAACAGGCCAGCUCACAGUGUCAACUUACAACAACUCAGAACUGAAGGAACUGAUUAACGCUUUCUCCAACGGAGUGAAAGAGUUAAACUACAAAGUUCAUACGGAUUGUAACGGGAAGUCUCAACUAGGUUUUGUACCUCUACAAGGUACGAUUGUCGAUGGAAAACGGUGCAGUGCUGCAAAAGCGUUUCUGACUCCGGUAAAAAAUCGGAAAAAUUUGAAAGUAUCUAAGUUUUCUUUGGUUUCAAAAGUUUUAAUAGACAAAAAUAAAGUGUAUGCAGUUGAGUUUACAAACAAAGAAGGUUCUGUGGUUACAGUUAAAGCUUCAAAGGAAAUUAUUUUAUCUGCAGGAGCAAUAAAUACUCCUCAGAUUUUAAUGCUGUCUGGAAUCGGACCAAAACUUCACUUGGAUGAAUUAGGGAUUAAAGUUGUGAGCGAUUUGAAAGUCGGUGAAAAUCUACAAGACCAUAUGCUUAUGACCGGAGUUUUACUGUCGUUUAAUUACAGCAAACCAGUUAAAUCACAUCUGGAACACAUGUUUGAUUUUCUAACAAAGUCGUCCGGUAAAUUUAGCAAUGUUGGACUUUUGAGUUCUUCGAUAUUUAUCAAUGUUGAAAAGGAUGACAACCAAGACGACUACCCCGAAAUACAGUUUCACAUGGUGGAUAUUGAUCCAAACAUGGAGGAAGACGUUAUUGGGCUUGUCCAACAUACCUACAAUAUCAAAGAGGACAUCUCAAAGUCUUACAUUAACGCUAAUAAAAACCGUUAUUUAGUACUUGCUAUGCCAACGCUUUUAAGACCGAAAAGCCGAGGAAAGGUUUUACUAAGAAACACCGAUCCUAAAUCAAGUCCUAAAAUUAUUUCUGGUUACCUUAAUAAUGAAGAUGACAUAAGAGUUUAUCUCGAGUCCAUUAGAUUUGUAGAAAAACUUGUUAAUACCAAGGCUAUGAAAACCUUAGAUGCUAAACUUCAUAAAAUAGACAUCCCAGGUUGUAGGGACUUUGAGUUUCCGUCAGAUGAGUAUUGGACGUGCUCUCUUAGACAUAUGGUCUCCACGACGUUUCAUCCGACAUCUACCUGCAAAAUGGGUCCCCCUGAGGACCCUGACAGCAUUGUGGACCCUCGGCUUAGAGUCAAAGGUUUGGUGGGUUUGCGUGUAGUAGACGCUUCUGUCAUGCCUCAGAUCAUCAGUGGAAAUACUAAUGCACCAACUAUUAUGAUAGGUGAGAAAGCUGCUGACAUGAUCAAACAGGACUGGGCCGAUGAUGAACUGUAAAAUUUUGUAUACGAACAUAUAGGAUAUCAAACUCUUUCUUCAGAUUUAAAAUAACCACAAGCCAACUACAGUUUCAGAAGUCUAACUUCCAUCAUCAGGUCUGAUUCAAUUCAUUUUUAUCGUCAUUGAUUAUAAAAAUCUUAUCACCUACGACCUUUUUUAAACCAGCCUUUUCAAUUGAAUUCUUUCAUUUGAAAAGAUUUACUUGACGGCAACACACUCACAAUACACUGAUUUAACGAAAUUCCCAGCAAGGAUUUAGCCCAGAAAACAGCUGUUUGCCGCCGGCGCCAGCUUAAAUGGGGUUUCAAUUCGUACUACCACAGAAAACAUACUAGUAGUAUGCUUUCUGUGGUACUACACUGUAAUAGUAAUAGCGAAUAACGUACGAAACUUUACAUAAUACUACACAGAAAAAUUAGUUCAUUUUUUAGUUAAUUUUCAUUUUAGGCACCACAAAAUAAGAAGUAUCAUAGCAAAUGCCUUCCAAAAAAGGUAUAAUACAUGGGAAGUGCAAGAAGAAGUACACUGUCUUUCUUCUAACGGAAGCACCAGAAGAGUAGAUAUUUUAUUGAUCGAAAGAGAAACUAACAAAGGCAUAAUUCUGGAUCCUACAAUUCGAUUUGAAAUAAACAUAAAUCAAGCUAACGAAGUAAAUGAAGAAAAGAAAAAAAAUUAUGAUUCUACCUUUGAAUAUUUCAAGCAAAAUUUUAAAAUUUUGAAAAUUGAGGUGAUUGGAUUGUUUAUUGGUUCUAGAGGAAACUUUUGGAAACAAUAUGAUUUGGACAGAUCCUUUUUGAAAAUUAUUAUUCAUGAAACAUUAAGAGGUUCAAUGACCAUAAUGAGAAAUCAUAUGGCAAACAUCAAAAUUAAUCAGUCUUAUAGCUGUAUAAUCCUUCGAUAUUUUAUGUGUACUAUUUUUCUGUGUCAUUGGCAACCUUAUUUUUUAAGGCAGACGUAUUUAUUUUUAUAAAUAAAUUCUUUUCUCUCAUAACACAAUUUAUUUAGAACAUAACAUAAAUUAUAAUAUUUUAUUUUUAUAUUUCAGAAAAUUAAAAUAGACCGUUGCAAUUAGCUGUUUAUUUCAUCAGCUGACUAAGUGCACGGUAAUCGUAUAUUAGUUACUAGUCCUGAAAAUGGGUAUUUGUUUACCGGACGAGUGUGGUCGUUCCCGUGCGAGACGAAGUUGAGUACGGAAUUACCAUACGAGUGACGUACGGUAUUUUACGCCAUACUACAAAUCCUUAUAUUGAUUAAAGGACUAACAAUCACUAGUUAUAACCAUAACCUCUCUGAGAGGUUAUGUUUUUUUUCAUAUAACCACUCAUUGCCACCCAAAUACAGCAUAAUCAGCUUAUUGGUGUCCGGUAAAACUCAUUACAGUACGAGUAGUACGCAAUGAAACCCCAUUUGUUUAAGCUGUUUGCCGCCUGUUUAUCAAAUGGGGUUUCAUUACAUACUAAUGUACUCAAAUGAGUUUUACCUGACACCAACCAGCUGAUUAUACUGUAUUUGGUGAUGAGUGGUUAUAAACAUAAACAUAACCUCUCUUAGAGGUUGUUAUGACUAGUGAUUGUUAGUCCUUUAGUUGGGGAAAAAUUACCACCAACAUACAGUAUCCUUAAAUUAUAAGGACAGAUUAAUUUGUCUGGUGUAAACUAUCGUACGUCACUCGUCCAAAAUGUGUUUACCGGACUCGUAUGGUAAUCCCGUGCGAAACGAACGACCACACUAGUCCGGUAAACACUUAUUUUCAGGACUAGUAACGUUGAUACUAUUACAGUAUUUUUUUGUUAUUUAACAGUAAAAGUUUGGGCCAAUGAGGUUCAAUGAUUGGGAGAAAAGAAGUAAAAUUGUAAUACUACGAAUGCCCUGUUAUCAGCUGUUAAGACCAAUUUAACAUUGAGAUUAAACAAUGAGUGAGUGGUUGGAAUAUUUACUUGAUUCUUUGUUGUACAUUAAAGAAAAUCUUAAUAAUAUUCCUGCUAACAAUUCAGUACAUUCAUAUUUUACCAGACAGAGCCAUUUUAUCAGAAUUCACCAAUGUAAUUAUCAGACUACCAUUAAACCUACUUUUGAAUUAGGUAAGAAAAUCUUUAAUCAUACGUAUGUUUUGUAUGUUUUUAUACGACAAUAAAUGAAUUGAUUUGGGAUAAGUCGUUACAUCACAAUCUGUGGCAAUGCGAAGUUAUUAACGAAAGUCAUGAGUAGUAAUUUUUAGUACCUAAUUAAAAAACGGCCGUAGGGAAAAUUAGUGUACGCAACUCACGUAAUUACCCUUUACGAAACCCGUAGAAGUUUUAAAGACACUCGCCAGUCGCCAAGGCCUGUACCUUACAAUUUUUACUCGUGUCUUUAAGUGAGACCACGAAUACUAGAACUUCGUGGUAAAGACUAUCCUUACACGAUAUCGUUGCGUACUACUAUAAUAGAAAGAGGGAGCUGAUUAGGGAAAAACAACAAC